AUGGCAUCGCUGGAGAAGCCACAUGUUGACGAGGCGGAUGUGGUGGUGGCUGAGAAAGAUCGCAAGCAUGUUUUCGUUGAGGGUGACAUCUCGCUGGAGCAGAAAACGGCUGAAGCCCGCUGUAGACGCAAGGUCGACUGGCGGCUGAUCCCCAUCCUGGGCAUCCUCUACUCCAUCGCCGGCCUGGACCGCGUCAACCUCUCCAACGCACGUGUCGCCGGCAUGAACCAAGAUCUCAGAUUCGACGUCGGAAAUCGCUACUCCAUCGCUCUACUCGUCUUCUUCAUAACAUACUUCCUCUUCGAGCUGCCCACCACCCUGGCGCUAAGACCCAUCGGCCCGAAGAUCCUGCUCAACGGUCUGGUUUUUAGUUGGGGCAUAGUGAUGCUUGGCAUGGGGUUCGCGAACGAUUGGAGAGUGAUUGUGGCUUGUCGCAUGCUCAUCGGGAUUUUCGAGGCCGGGUUUCUGCCGUGUUGCAUGUACCUUCUGAGCAGUUGGUAUCAGCGAUAUGAAGUUCAGCAGAGGCAAGUCAUUCUCGUCAAAAUGGCGCUCUGGUAUAUGAUCAACCUCUUCAUCUCCGCCUUUGGCAACAUCCUCGCCUACGCCAUCAUCAAGCUGGACGGAGCUCACGGUAUCGCAGGAUGGCGUUGGAUCUUCAUGCAAGUUAAAGCAGCCAACCCCUCCUUGACCCAACUGACCUCACGCAGCAUCGAAGGCGCCCUGACAGUAGGCUUCUCCUUCAUCGGAUACAUCUUCACCCUCCCCUUCCCAGACCAACUCCUCGCAUCCGGAAAACGCACCGCCUUCACCCAGCAGGAGAUCGAAACCAUCCUCGACCGCGUGGAGCGCGACCGAGGCGACGCGGAACCCGACCCCUUGACCUGGCAAAAGUUCACGAAGCUCGUCAUACGCUGGGAGCUGUGGGUGUACGGCUUCAUGUUCCUCUGCUGCUCCGCGCCAAUCUACGCCUUUGCCUACUUCAUCCAGAUCAUCCUCACCACGCUCGGCUACUCCACCGCCGUGGUCUUCCUCCUCUGCGCCCCGCCGUAUCUCUUCAGCAUCAUCUGGACGCUCCUCGUUGCCUACGUCGCGGAUAGGACGCGGUUGAGGAUGCCGUGGAUGGUUCUCAACGCGGCGAUCACGCUGACGGGACUUCUCCUGACGGCGUACCAUUCCAACAACGGGGUGAGGUACUUUGGUGUCUUCCUCGGCGUGUCCGGCUGCAACGGCAACCUCCCGACCAUCAUCGCCUUCCAAUCCAACAACGUCCGCUCCAACAGCCGGCGCUCGGUGGCCAGCGGCGUGCAGAUGCUCUUCGCCGCCAUCGGGGGCAUCUACGCCUCGUGCACGUUCAUGCAGCAAGAGUAUCCAACGUACAGGACGGGCGUAUGGUGCGCGGUCGCGACGCAGUUCUUGUUGAUUUUGUUGGUGGCGCUGAUGUGGUGGUACUUUAAGCGACAGAACAGGAAGGCCGACGCGCAGCGGGUUCCGAUCCAGGAUGAUCCGGCGUUUAGGUAUACUUUCUGA